AUGGGAAUAACCUUGCUUCGGAGAGGGGGCGCGGGGGUCAGUGCCAUCCGGGCUUGCAGCUCCACACCUGCACCGCUCGACUUCGAGGGCCCGGCGCGCUCACGCUCAUACUGGCAUUACUUGAGGCGGCUCCUGCGUGGUCCUCCAGAGCCGCCGUACGCGCAUGUGUGCCAAGUAGGGGACCCGGCGCUGCGCACCGUGGCCGCCCGAGUGGAGACGGAGCAGCUGGCAGGGCCCGAGCUGCAGCGGCUGGUGCAGAGGCUGGUGCAGGUGAUGCGGCGCCGGCACUGCGUGGGGAUGAGCGCGCCGCAGCUCGGGGUGCCGCUGCAGGUGCUGGCUCUGGAGCUCCCCGAAGCGCUCCUCCACACCUAUGCGCCGCGAGUGCGGGAGGUCCGCCAGAUGGAACCCUUCCCCCUGCGCGUGUUCGUGAACCCUAGCCUGCGCGUGCUGGACAGCCACCUGAUCACCUUUCCCGAGGGUUGCGAGAGCGUCGCCGGCUUCCUGGCCUGUGUGCCCCGCUACCAAGCUGUGCAGAUCUCAGGACUGGAUCCAAGGGGAGAGCAGGUGGUGUGGCAGGCGAGUGGGUGGGCUGCCCGCAUAAUCCAGCAUGAAAUGGACCACUUGCAGGGCUGCCUGUUCAUUGACAAAAUGGACAGCAGGACAUUGACAAACAUCCACUGGAUGGAGGUGAACGACUAA